AUGGCUUUACCAUUAUCUGUCUCAUCCCAAAAAACUGAUAAUCGCAAGCAAGUGACAGGCAAGUUCAUCAAACAGUGCAGUAAAUGCAGCACAAAUCCGAAUCAAGCUGAUGCACAUCCAGACACAAAAGUGCUGUCUGCCACCGGACUGUUCCAACUGUUGCUGGCCAGGCAACUUAGAGAGAUGGGACAAGGACACCGGUCACUGACAAUUUUCACAACUAUGGCUAUGGCUCAUGUGACUGGAAUGAGCGAUGAAAAUCCGCGA